UGUCGUUGCACGUUCACAACAUGCAAAAUGAAUAAGAAGCCAUUCAUAGAUUUAAAUAAGUUCUAAUAAUCUGAGACGUUUUAGGGACAACAAUGGAGUAUGCACAGUUAGUAUUGGUAGUUUUAUUCAAUUCUGGAUUUUUAAUUGUUUCUGAGGUCAUAACUUCCCAGUAUCCAGGUAUUAUAUUGGAAUGCAGAGAUCAAGAUGCUGAAAAAGAAUAUAGGUGCAUACUGUCAAAGUUCGACAACCCAGAUUGGAUACCUAACACCGGCCCUGACAUGCAACUGAGACUCCGACAAGACUUCUUUUGGCAUCCAACGAAACGGAUUCGACGCGAGUGCAGACAGUUGACGAGAGAAGAAUUCCAGGAAAUGGUUGACGCUAUCAACGCUUUAAAGAAUGAUAAAUCUAUGUCUCCUAGUGUUUAUGACUUUUUUGCUGAUUACCAUACAAACGAAGCAGUGAAGUCUAUUCAUUUUGGUUCCAAUUUUUUUGGCUGGCAUAAAAUGUAUAUUUUAAAAUUUGAAGAGCUUCUCCGAAGAGUUAACCCUAAUGUAACAUUAUGUUACUGGGAUUCAAGGUUAGACCACCAUAUGCAUGACCCUACGAAAUCUGUCAUGUUUACAUCAGAGUUCUUUGGGAAUGGCAAAGGUCCAAUAAAAGAAGGACCAUUUGCAGGAUGGAAGACAAUAAGAAAUAUUCCGUUGGUUCGAGAUCUUGGUAAAACUGGGAAUCCAAUUUCUUAUGAAUUUAUAGAUCGUAUGUUAGCGAAAAAACAUCAUGUUCAAAUUACCACUCCUACGGCUGAUCCCGAAACCAAUGUUGAAAGUAUGCAUAAUAUGGUCCAUGCCUUCAUUGGUGGUCAAAUGAACAAUUUCAAUACAAGUUCUCAAGAUCCAUUCUUCUGGAUUCAUCAUGCUUUUAUCGAUGCAGUUUGGGAAAAAUUUUGUUCGCAGUUACGUCAUCGUAAUAUCGAUCCACAAGAUGAUUACACCAUUAUCGAAAAUAAAUUUCACCAACCCGAUAGAUAUAUGGAUCGACUGUUUCCAAUGAGGAAUGUCGAUGGGUAUAGCGAUUAUUUUCAUAAUCAUAUCUAUAGGUAUGACGAUUUUGCAAAAUGUCCUUCAUGUCUGAACUCUCCAUUUCUGAAAUGUGAUUAUUCUUCAGACAAAUGUGUAAGCGUUGAGGCAAACGAACCACGAAGACGUGUUCUCGAACCACCAAGGAAAAUAACCACCAACCAUUUAUCUACACCUCAAAAUGGAUUGACCGUUCUUUCGGGUGAUGACAAUGGUUGGGUUUAUGUUCCAAUUAAAAUAAUUGUUCGAAAUGCAGUACACAAAUCUAUUAGGAAAAACGUAAUAGGUGGUUGUGAAUAUUUAGGACCCGGAUAUGAUGAUUUAUGUUCAAAGUCUGUAGCAAUAGCUCAAUCGAAUGGAAUUACAUACCACGGAACAUAUAGAAGCUAUAUUGCUAAUGAUGCUUCUAUUCCACAGUGGGUUUAUGCCUUCGUUGGAGUUAAAAAUCCUGGCUCAGGGAUGAGUCAGGCAUUCAUUAGUGUUACAGACAAAUAUCAUAAGCCAUGCGAGCCUUUUUGUUUGGAUAUAAAAGCAGGAAAAUAUCGUUCCUGUCCGGGUGUUAUAUCGUUAACAAAUACGGAACCAGAAAUGUUCUCGAGAACCCUAAUGGAAGCAGACGGUAGCGGAUUUACAUAUAAUCCAUUGGAAUUGGAUACUCUGAAUCCACGUAUUAAACUGUCGUUUUUGUGUUAUUAAAG